AACGCAAGAAAAUAACACCGUUCAAUCGAAAUCGGUGCAAAGAUUUAUUUCUACUCAAUAAUACUGUUUAUUUCUUUGUAUAUUUUCUGUUUUGUUAAUUUUUAAUAGUCACGCAAUGUAAGCACCAAUAGUUAUCUUAUUUGUAUACAGAUGCGAUUCCGUUUAUAUCUAAAAAAAUAGGUUAUCAAUAGUCUGUGCAGUAAAGUUCAGUUUUACUACAAUUUUACCAUUUAUAAGAUAUGGAACCUGUUCUGGAAAAACUUCCAGAUACCCACUCAUCAACAGAUAGUGUGAAAUUAAAUGAAGCGAACUAUCAAACGACUUCAUUUCAAGAAGAGGUUAAUCUCAAGUCAAAUGGUAUUGCAGACUUGGAGAAUGUAGUCAAUUCGGAACCCAGCAGUGUCAUUAUCUGUACAGAAAAGUCUGAUCUUAAUGAAGAUACGGGCAGUGUUAUACAGUCUGUUGUUAAAGAUUCUUUCAAUACAGAAAGUUGUGAGGAAAGUACUCAAACAGUGGAAAAAUCUAUUGAAGUCAGUGAGACUGAACACAUGCCUGUUGAAACUGUGUCGGCCCCUACAGAUGAAAUAAAAAAUGUUGAAAAUGUAAAUAGUGUGUAUAUAAACUUAGAGCUUCCUUCAGAGGCAACAUCUUUAACUGCCUCUGUGGAUAUGCCAAUUAAAGAUUCUAAUAUAAGUGAAGUUCAAAGUGAAGAGGUAGUUCUAGAAACUCCAAAUGAGUCUCUCGAAGGUGAUAAUGUAAGAUUUGAGACAGAAGUUGUAGUUGAAACUAAUGACAUAAAUGAAGUCGAGCUGACUGAGAUGAAGUUGCAAGAUUCUGCUCAUAAUAUUUUGGAUGAAAUGAAUCAGACCAUUGAGUUUAGUGAGGUCUUAUGCACAUCUGAUGUGACUGAUAAUGUAGAAAAUAAUAAUUGCUCAAUAAGGCAAGAAAUGUUUAAUAAAGAAGAACUUUUAGAUAUUUUAGAAGGUAAUGAUGUUCAAGGCAUGGAGCACCAAAUUUUGCAGGUCAAUCAAAUAGAAAAUAAAGGUAAGGAAACAGAAAUUGCAUUAAAGCAACUGACUCGAUUAAAGAAAACAAGAAGGCCACGUACCAAGGAGGUGAUCAUGCAAACACAAGUACCGAAGAAUAGAAAUAUUACAGAAGUUAAGGAUGUUCAGGUCAGUGACCAUAGAGUCAAAGAAGUUUUGCAAAAUAGUAAAAGGAAGGAAAUGGGAUUAGCAUUAGAGCAAUUGACACGAUUAAAGAAAGCAAGAAAGCCACAUUCUUCUGAAGUAAUGCAAUCACAAACACCUAAGAAUAAAAAUAAAACCAAAAAAGUUGAAGAAACUAAUAAGGAUGAUAAUAUAGUAAAUGCUCUAGUAAAAGAUUGGGAUGAUGAAAUGGAAGAGGGAGACUCUUUCAAUGAUAAAGAUGUUUCUACAAGUACAUCUGAGCAGUUGUUGGAAAGCUCUGCAAGUGCUAUCAAAGAAGAAAAAAGAUGCUCAAUUGAUUCUGCUACUAGUGAUGGGCAGACUUCUGCUGCAAAUAAGAGUGCUGAUGAUGGGCAGCCGCAAAGAAGAUUAGGUAGAGUAAUUAAAAAGAAAGUGAUAUUUGACCCUGAUAAUCCAGAUACAUUUACUAAGGGUAAAGCUUAUAUUAAAAGCAGGGAACCACAAAUUGAUAAAGAUCAGCCUCCUUCAAAAAAAGGUAAGAUAGAACCAAUAAUGCAAAGAGGGAAAUCUAAGUCUCCUGUUUCAAAAAUGCAGUGGAAGAAACCUUCAUCAAAGAAUAGUAAACAGAACAAAAGAUUGACUGAAGUUGACAAGUUACUAAUGGAUGAAGGGGCUGUUAAUAUGAUUUAUCAGUUGACUCCAGAAGCUCCAAAAGGAAAGAAAAACAUGCGGACUAAAGCUGAAUUUAUAAAAAAACUACAAAGUUCUACUCCUGAAAGCAAAGAGAUGAAGUUUAGGGAAAGAAAGAAGGAUUCUAAAGGUGAAGAUGGAGAACCUAAAAAGAUAUUAAGUGGCAAACAAAGAACAUCUUUGAGUAGUUCUGUUAAAUCUCCAUCAGUUUGUGAAGAAUUUGAGACCCACAGUGCAGAUGAUUCCAUAAUUUAUCGGCGACAUUCAUCAAGCUCCUAUUCAAGUAGUUGCAUGAGCCCUCGUCGCCUUAGUGAUGUAGAAGCUAGCAUUAAUCCAAAUGCAAGUACUUCCCUGCAAGGUGGUAGCAAAUUGCAACUUGAACCUGAAAGUAUUCCACUUGAUGAUGGAGAUAUACAACAAACUCCUGUCAAAGAUAUUAUCAAUAAAGAUGACUGCUUGUCAAUAAAGAAGAAAUUGAACUCAAAACUAUCUUUAGCCUUAAACAAACGAAAAAGAGAUAGCAUUAAAACAGACAAACCACUGAAAAAACAAACAAAACUGAAUGACACAGGUGAUGUAACUAAAUCUGGCUACUUUAAAUACCUGUCACUAAAAGUCGAUGGAAGGGUAGCUGGGAUAUUCAUCAAAGAUACUAAUGCCAAAUUAGGAGUUGAGAUUAUGAAGGAAUUUAUUGAAGUUUUGUCAUAUGUGGAUUUAAGACCAGACACAUCUGUCACUUUGAUAACAUUAGAAGGUGGAAUGUGUUCAGAAUUAGAUAUGAAACCAUUAUUAGGAACCGAUAUAGAAGCAACAAUUAAAGCUGCAAAUGAUAUAGCUGAAUCAGUAAGGUAUGUCAACAAGUAUAUGGAUUGUUUAUCCUAUUCCAAUAGACUUGGCUGGGCCAACAAGAAAAUUUCUACCAGUAAUCUAGUUUUAUCUGAAAUAUAUUCUUACUAGUUUAGCUAGCGGCUUCGCCUGAUUGAUCCUAUAUUAUACAUAUAAACAUAACUCUUGAAUCAAUCAGUAUAUUAAUAAUUUAUUUGCCUUUAAAUGGACAGGUCGAAAAAAACUUAUUAAAAUUUAUUGUGUAGUAUCUCAGGGUACAGAUAACAGGAAGUAACUUAAUUUUAUACUAUGUAUAGAUAUCUAACAGUAGAAAUAAAUUUAAUAUUGUUAUAUUUGAAGAGAAACAAAAAAAAAAAAUUGAUUAAUUUUGCAUUCACAAUGCUAUAUUGGAAAAUAUUCUUUGUGAAAAAUGCUUAAAAAAUCACUGGUACUCUAAGAUGGGAUUCGAACUGACGACCUUUCGCAAUCCACUGAGAGCAGUCACUAAUCCGAAUCGAUAUAGAAGUCGCCAAUUGACGAUUUGAUUCGAAAGGUCGUAGGUUCGAAUCCCAACUUAGAGUACUAGGGAUAAAGAAUAUACAUUUUUUUAAUAUAUCUUUAAAUAUUAACAAAUAAAGGUACAGAUGACGCCAAACAACUUGAACAAAUGACCUUGCAUGCGCAGAAACCGAUACUACUACUAUAUACGCAGCUACUUACUUCACGUGUAUCAUUCGUGUGCACGUUUACCACUCAGUCACUCAUGCAAAUAGGACAGAAAAAAUACAGAAAUAAAUAGUUAACGUAGGAAUAAG